CGCCGCGGAUAUUUCCCAGAAACAGACGUGAUUCAGCCUGAAAAAUCUCUGCAAUCAGUGACAUUUUCUGGAUUCACGUUGCCAUUCUCCCGGUCCGUCUUUCUCCUCCUCCGGACCACGAGGUGGCCGCAACCAGAUUGGGAUUGGCCCUGAUGAUCACAAGGAGCCCCCUCCACCUCUUUUCAGCCAAUCCUGGAGGGGCUGCAGCGCUGAUGUCUCAGAGGGCGAGAGGGUAUUUGUGUUCAGGAGUCCUGAAGAGACAAGCCACAUCACGAUAAAUGGAGGAGAAGGAGCGAUGUAGGAGCAGGUCUCCAGCUCGGAGGGCCAGUCGGGUGCAGCAGGUGGUGGGCACAAUAAUACGUCGCACCAGAGAGUCAUUAAGCAGAGAGCGCUUACUGGGUGAUGGGAGGUCACAGCGCUCCAACAGUCUGUCCAAUCAAAACUUUGUGGCCAAGCUGUCGCUGCAGAUCACCAGGGACCCGGUCCUGGACAGCAGCACGGGACAUGGCUUCACCCUCACCACAAAUGCACCCCUGCUGGUCAGGGACGUCGUUGCAGGUAGUCCUGCAGAUGGGAUACUGUACCCUGGGGACCAGGUGCUGCAGAUUAAUGAUACAGUGCUGGAAGAUUUGAGUGAUGAAGAAGUGGAAAACAUCUUAAGGGACUUGGAGGAUUGUAUCACUGUGACUAUCCUACGGCAUAUGACAAACCCCAAGUCAUCCAUCAUGUCAGCAGAGAAGAGAGCUCGUCUGAGGAGUAAUCCAGUUAAAGUGCGCUUUGCAGAAGAGGUGGUGGUCAACGGGCACACUCAGGGAAACUCUCUUCUCUUCCUGCCAAACGUCCUCAAAGUCUAUUUAGAGAACGGGCAGACAAAGGCCUUCAAGUUUGACAACUCAACCACUGUUAAGGACAUUGUUCUGACGCUUAAGGAUAAACUGUCCAUCCGGGCCAUUGAAUACUUUGCGCUGGUGCUAGAGCAACAGUACAGCAUCACCAAGCUACUGCUGCUGCAUGAAGAUGAGCUUGUACAAAAGGUGGUACAAAAGAAAGACUCCCAUGACUACAGAUGUCUGUUCAGGGUGUGUUAUAUCCCGAAAGAUCCCACAGACAUGCUUCAGGAUGACCCCACUACUUUUGAGUAUUUUUUUUUACAGAGCGUUGGGGACGUGCUGCGGGAGCGUUUUGCAGUCGAAAUGAAGUGUAACACUGCACUCCGCCUGGCAGCCCUGCACAUGCAUGAGAGAUUAGAUAGUUGUGGACAGACCAGGGCCUCUAUCAAGAGUAUAACGAAGGAGUUUGGCCUGGACAGCUUCAUCUCUCCAACGCUGCUGAGUAACAUGAGGGAGAAGGAUCUGAGGAAAGCCAUCAGCUACCACCUCAAAAAGAUCCAAUCCCUGCUAGAACCGCGCCAGAAGGUAAUAUCUGCUAGUCAGGCUCGCUUGGCCUACCUCACUCAGCUAGGAGAGCUCAUUUCAUACGGGGGACGAUCAUAUACAGCUACGAUGAUGCUUCAGGACAGGGAGGUGUUGGUCAGCCUGCUGGUGGGAGCCAAGUACGGGAUGAGUCAGGUCAUCAACCACAAACUAAACGUCAUUUCUACACUGGUGGAGUUCAGCAGCAUCAGCCGAGUGGAGCUGCUCUCAGAGUCGGACAAAGUCAGCCUGCUGCGCAUCUCACUGCAUGACAUGAAGCCAUUUGCCUUACUGAUGGACUCUCUGGCAGCCAAAGACUUAGGGUGUCUGCUGGGAGGCUACUGCAAACUCCUUGUGGAUCCAAGUGUCAGUGUCUUCCGUCUGGGGCGCCCAAAAGUGAGGGUGCACCGGAUACCUGCUGAAGAAGGUUAUGUGUCUCGCUGCUGUAGUGACUCAGAUGACUCAACAGAUGAGGAUGACCCGAUGGAUUCUCAGAAUUACAAACGCCCAGACCCAGCAAGUCAGGACUGGGAAGAAAGGAGGAGAGAGGAGGAAGAAAAGAGGAGAGAAGAAGAAAGAAAGGAGAGAGAGGACCAUAAAGGCAAACAGGAAGUGAAGAUAAUUGUGACAACGGAAGGUAAGGAAUAUGAGGGUGAAGAGGAAGGCGGAGCAACAGGAAAUGGUCUGUGUAAAUUCAGUAUUAUGGAUGAAGAAAUGAACCUCGAGACCACCUGGUACCACACAGACCCACGGGUCACCAGCAGCUUCUCCAGCUUGUCCAGUGGCUCCUUGAGUGCUGCUCUGGAGGAGAGCAGUGCAGCAGGAAAAGCCCCUUCUCGUCUAGGUGCACUCCGUUCACAACCCACAAGUGAAGAUUUACCUAGUUUGGAUGUUCACCACCCUUUCCUCCUGGAGCCAAAACGCCACCAAGGGCCCCUGCGACCCACUAACCUCAAUUACCGUGGCAAUGACAACUCUUGUCUUUGCUUUGCGGAGCUCUCCAAGGCUGAUUUCCUCCCUAGCCCGCCUGAGGCUACUAGUGAUGAUGACGAUGACGAUGAUGAUGAAGAAGAAGAUGAUAGAGGAGUGCAGGAACUCAGACGCAUUUCUAAGAUCCCAAGUUCAAGAGAUUUAAGAAUGAUUGACAGCGAGCCUUUUGACAGAUCACCCAUUAAACAAAAGAAAAAGGUCCCUCCUCAAGUCCCAUUACGUACUAGUUCAAUUCCUGGACACAAAGGACAGGCUGAAAACCGUCUCUCCAAGGAUGAAGAGGCUCUUUUCCUGACACCGUCACCAAAUCCCAGACCAGGUCUUUCGAUCAAAGACAAUGUUUCGGACUCUGACGAUGAGUUUUUUGAUGCCCAGGAGAGAUUUACUCCCCCAGUUCCCGAUCUAUCAGAUGCUGAGCUUGCUGACCGGCGUAAUGCCAACCGGUUAAGUGGAACCUGGAAUGGUCUUCCAGUUGUCCCAGGAAAACAGCCACCAUCACCCCUUGCCAAUAAAGUCCAACCUUCCAAAAUCAAGACGGAAGUCAAGACAGGUAAAGGUCCCACAAAUCAACCUACCAACCAACAACCCAGUCCACCAAAGGCACCUCAGAAAGUCGAAGUUAAGGUCAAACCACCGUUGGCACCUAAGCCCCAGCUGCCUCCCAAACCUCAGAUCAUUCCUCCUAGAUCCCCCCAGCAUGGGAGAUCAUAUGCCCACUGCAAUGGGGAUGCCUCUGGAUGCCUGUCCUCUGAACUCUUGGAAAUGGAGCCAGACACCAUGGAAUUUAAGUCUGUCACAUCAGGGGCGGGUGGACUGCCGAUCUCGUCACCCUUGAUCACAGCCGUGCGAUGCAGUAAGCAACCAGCACCUAUUAAAACAUCAUUAACUGAGGAAAAGACCAAAAUACAAGAUAAAAGCCCCAAAAAGAAUAAAGAUCUGAUGCAUAAGAAUGGCACACAUCUUGUUUCUGAUGAUAAAGUGUUCAUUACUGAUGAAAAACAUAGCCCCAAAGUUGAGAGGAAGAGCAAUGGGACUGCCCUACCUACAAAAAUGUCUCCAAACCUUUCAUCUAUUUCACGAUCAAAUUCAGGUACAAAGCUUUCAGUUCCUCCUCCAGUGCCCCCCAAACCCACUUCUCCUAUGAAUUUCCAUCCACUAUCACUACCUGCUAGUUCACCUGUGUCCCCAACCGAUCCAAACAAAGGGAUCUUCAAGGACAGUGCCAGUCCACCAAAUGGACUCCAUCCUUGGAGCAGCCGCAAUGGCAAUAUCCAGUCAGCACCCCGGAGGGUUUCCCUGAGUCACGAAAGCCUGUCCCCCAAAAAUACAGAUGCACCUCUCACACUAACAACCUCUCUCACGUCCACCAAUUCCAAAGGGGUUGGGGGCUUACAGAGCAGAGAACCUGGAAGGUCUGGGUCCGGGUCGGAUCUGAGGACGAGUUCUUCCAGUCUUGGCGGCAGACUACCAGCUUCUGCUCUGAGAGGGAAGAUCCAGGCUUUGCCUUGGUACAUGACCCGUUCACAAGAGAUUUUAGGAACUUUGGACUAUCCAUCCACUAGCUCCAUCAAUGGGGAUACAUCUGGCUUUGGCUCUGGUUUGUCUGUUGCCAGUGGUUUAUCAGACCUAAACAAGACGCCUGUUAAGGAAAAAGAAAACGUGACCUUAAAAUCAGGAGGGAAAGGGAAUAUUUUAGAGGAUGGGGCUGCAGUUGUCAUAGCGACCAUCAAAGAGGCCCAGGAAGUGACCUCACACAUGAAAAAGACCAAUGGGACAAAUGGCUCCAGCCCUGACCUGAGUUUUAAAGACAUUAGUGCACACCGUGGUAGUGUUUCAUCCGAGCAGCCACAGUCACGGACCCAUUCAGCAGUGGGGGUGGGAGGUGUGUCCAACAUGCAAAUUGGAGGAGACUCCCCAACCUCUUCGCUUGCAGAUAGCACCCCUCCAGAGCAGCACCGGGAGGCAUGUGGCUGCCGCACUGUUUAUGCCAACUGUUUUAGUGGAGACAUUGAGGAUGGUAUAAGCUUUGACGAAGAGCUUACCGUUUACGAGUUCUCCCGACGCACACGCCCAAAACCUGCCAAACCCGCACCAGCCCCUUCUCCUACAACACCUCCACCAAAUCCAAACCUCCUGUCAUUGCUGAAGGACAACCCUCGCCCACUCUCCACAUUCUCCACUGCCUCCUCUGAACUCAGUCCUCUAGUUUCCCGUCCAGUGUCACCAACAAAUUCACUCGGUUGUCCUCUUCGGUCACUUACCAAUAAGAACUAUGGUGGGCUAAAGGGCGGAUUUGCCUCCCUACGCCAAGAUAUAGAUCAACUUCUACUGGUUUUAGAAAGGGGAGCACUUGAGCAACAAACAUCAGGUCAAGACUCAAAGCAGGGUAUCACAGGCAUACAAGUAGGGCCUGACCUAAAUCACAAUGGAACUGAAAGCAGUACAACCCCAGCACCCGGCCAAAACUGUACUGGGACAAACACUGCUGCUAUGACGGAGGCUGAAAGGAGUCUUCUCCAGGCAGAGGCUCGACGAUUGGCAUCUGGUUGUCAGCGGGCAACACGUGUCGGUUGGGCUCCUGAUGAAGCACUACGUUCGUUAUCUAACAGCUUCAGUGCCCUAGUUCAGCUGUCAGCAGCUUGCCUGCGAACAAACCCGUGCCCUGGCUGUGACAUCUGUCAAUAUGAGAGUCUGGAUCAGAGGGAUGAAGAUGUUGACAACCUGGAACCCAUGGACAAGCUAAAGGAGAUCGUGGGUCUUUACCGGGAGUUUGUUGGGGCUGUUGAGACAGCUGGGACUGGUACGGGGGUUGGGGGUAAAAGCAUGGGCUUCAUUGGGUCAGGACAGGGUCAGGGAGAGACCGAUGGGGUGAGGCUACUCGCCAAACGCUGCACAGUACUCAUCUCUUCUGUAUUCGCACUCACACAGCUCUUCCGGACACGUACACUAGACACCCCAGACACGCCUGGACAUGUACCUCUCAAUUUUUGACCUGUGAACCUUACCCACUAACUCACUGACUCUAGAAGUGAUACAAAAGGAAACAGCACAGAGCAAUCUGGUGUGUAACCCCUGUGUUCUUGUACAGUAAGUGCCAUGCACACCACAGCACACGAACUUUAACCUGUGUUACUGUAUUACUCACACGGAAACACUUAAAACAAGCAAAACCCUGAAUGAAGAGAGGAAACUUCAUUGCUUUUUCUCUUCUUGGAAGGACUAUGCAUUUGUACAUAUGGAUUUUAUAACUGUCUUAUAGUUAUCUUAUUUUAUGAUACUAUAUGUGUAUGUAUGUAAGGAUGGUUUACCCAUGUACGUAUUUAUUUAUUUAUUUUUACAAUAUUUGCACCAUGGUCUGUGACAUGCAGGUCUCUCUGGUGGAAAAGAAACUAUGGAUGUCACUGGAUUUUUGUUUCUACCUUCUCUUGGAGACAGUAUUAAGUUAUCUUUUGCUGCUUUAAAAUUUUCUCUACUCCUCAAGGUGUAAUCUGUAAAUUGUCAUAUUUCAAGUUUAGUAAAACGGUAUGUUUUACUGACCAAAUACAGAUGAUACAGUUUACUAUACACUUACAAAAUACAGUAAUUAACUGAAUUGUUUUUUAUGUGCAUUUAUUGCACCUUUUAAAGGAUUUAGUUUUUCAACACUGCAGUCAAAUAUGAAGGGGAUAUAAAACUUUACCACAACAAAAACCAGGGAGCGCACUUUGACUGUUACAGAUUGCACCUUUUUAUGAGAUGUACCCUUGUGUACUGUGUUUUUUCUAUCCCUUCUCCGGUCCUGAAUCACUUUGAGUGAAUGCUUUUUGGAAAUUUCUCCCAUUACCCAAAUGUAUGCAGUAUUCACAUUAAUCUAGUUUUCAUCCAAAGGACAUAACACAUACACUAUAUUUUCUGGGAAUGCCUGGAUGAGGCCCGGGGAGCCAAACAGGGGACCUUACUUAUGUAGUUAAAAAAGGUUUUUGACUCGGCACAAGGGUGACUGUUAAACUAUGUCCAGAUGUAGCAGAGAUCCAAAGUCUUAAAACACUGAGCCACAACUGUUCCCCACAAGAAAUUCCUCUUAGGUCACACUACCGUAUUAAUAUCAUACUGACUGACAGAUGGACUGACUGCUGUAUGCUGGGGUUAGAACUGUAGAUAUAUAUUUAUAUCUUUGUGUCCUAUUCCGUCUCUACUUUCAUUUAUGGCUAUGCAAACAUUAACUAUUCACCCCCACAAACUGUAUAUGUUUUUUGUGCUAACAUUGAAAACAACUAUGGCUGCAUUAUGUUUGUCUGAAUAUAAUGGGUGCUUUCUUUGUUUGGAAUGUUGGCCUUUGUCUUGUUUUGGGAGAACUUAACUGCAUUUUGGAUUGCAACAUUUUGCAACAAGUUGCAUGGCAUUUGUCAAUAUGAAGACUCCUGUCUAUACUGAUGUCUGUGAAUUGUUUGUAAAAGGAUGACGUUGCUUGAUCAGUUUGCUGAUGUACAGUGUUCACUAAUCAGCUUGUCCAUAUCACAUGAAGCCAAAUCAUUUAGUGAGUCAUCCUAUUUGGAGGAUUUACAUACGCCAUCUCAGACAUCAAGAAGGUAAUGAAGACUCAAUGCAUGUAUGAUAAAAGCAUUAGCUGAAGAAGGGACUGAUUUGUGACGAGGUAUAUUUAAUCCUCCAAAUAGAUGACAGUUGGAAAAUUUGUGGACGUGGCCAUGCUACAUAAAUGUGGAGAGUCUGUCUUUUGAGAUUUCAGAGCUUCCAGUUUCAAGUCCAGCAGCAGUGUCCUUGACAGCACCAACAUCAAGACAUAGGUCUCAGGAGCAUCUCUUGUCGUUCACCAUGCAGGCCCAAACAGGGAAGAGAGUGCCUGUGUCACCUAUUUGUUCUGUUUCUGUAUUUUUAAAUUGUACCAACAGCUGUUUGUUUUCAAAGAGGACAUUGUGUUUCUACAGUACAUGAGCAGUCACUUUUCCAUACCCUCGUACAAUAAAGUCUAUGUACCAAGAAAA